GCAAGAGAGCGCGUUGUCGAGCGAGGAGGCCCCAUCGAGAAAGAAAAAAUCGCAAGGAAAUCACAUAUAACGUGCCGGCCAAACGCCAACGGGAAUACUGAAAACUGUAGCCAAGUGAAAGUGUGAAAGUUUAUUUAUAGAUAGGCUGAUACAUACUCAUUCGAUUGUGAUUUUUAUUUCGAUUCUGAUUUCGCUUGUGCUGUCCGCUUGUCUAAAUCCAGUGCAAUGGCGGAUGUUCCCGAACCCGUGCGCAAGUGCGCCAGCCUGUUGAAGGGCACGCGCAGCGAUACGGAAAAAUUUGCUGCAUUGUUCAUGGUCACGAAGCUGGUGAAGGGCAAGGAUUGUGACAAGGCCGGCAAGAAGUUGCUGUUCGAGGCGAUUGGAUUUCCUUUUCUAAAGAAACUGCUUGUAUCGAAAGAUUUGCCAAGCGAUUGUCCGCCUUUGGUGUACAAAAGUGUGGCCCUGUCAAUUUUGACUUGCUUCUGUCAAGAGGAAGAAUUGGCCACUCACAAGGAUAUCAUUGAUGCCAUCCCCACACUGUUGGAGAUUGUUGAGCAGGCCGACGAUGAGGACUAUGAGGAUAAUUUGAUAGUGGUGAGCGAGGCGUAUAGUUGCUUGAAGAGCAUUGCCAGCCAUGAACCGGGACAGCAAGCUCUUUUGGCCACUGGUGCCAUACCGAAGAUGUCUCAGAUCUAUUCGGCCCAGAGUUUCCAAACAGACGAGGCUCUUCAUCUGAUUGUGCUUUUGGUGAAUAAGUUUGGCAUAGUCUCAUGGCCAGAAGAUCCCACAGCUUUCCAUGCUUUAAUUCAGCGUAUCGCAUUGGAUAUGGAAACCGAUCAUACGGAUAGAAAAUACGAAUUGUGCAAGAUUUUGUCCGACAUAUUGAUCACCUGCAAAAAAGAAAUUGUUGUUAACUCACUGGAGGGCCAAAUUUGGCCAGAAUCCCUAUUCAAGGGCUGCGGUGACAUUUUGAAGGCCAAAAUCGGACCUAAGCAGCGUGACCCAGCUCUACAUUUGAUAGCCACAACCUUGCAGGUAUUGGGCAUUCAGUGGGCUUUCAUGGACGAGCAGAAACAGUUCUUCCUGAUGCUUCUCCAACUGGCUGCCAUUGAGGUGCGCAUGCAGAUGGAUGAGAAGAAAUUGGAAACCACUUUUAAGCAGGCCGACCUGCUGACCUGCUGCUUUGUCAUCUUAGAGCAGUGCAUUGAGUAUAUGGCUACCGAUCAGCUCGAUCUCGAGCCCAAAGAGAAGCAAACCACCUACACAGCUCUGAAGGGAGCCUUCAAUCAGGUUUUAAAUGUUCUGAAUCGUGUAAGCCAGGACAAAAUUCGAGAGAGCAGCAAUCCCAGGGAUAAGAAUUUCAUUUUCGCAAUUGUCAGGAUACUGUCCGCCUGGCUGCAGCAGGAAACGACAGCCAUGCGUCCGGCCAUCUAUAAACUGUUGCCCUUCAUGCUCAAGAUAGCAAAUGAGAGCUUCCAUGAUCUGAAAACUUGGCGUUCGGGUCCCAAGGAUGGCGAGCAGCCAAUUGACGUUCUACGGAUUAUGCUGCCCGCUCUGUGUCAUUUUGCUGUAGAGGAGGAGGCACGUCGCGUGCUAUUUACCCACAAACAAGAUGAGGUCUUGUUGGAGUCUUUGGAGCUGUAUUUCUCCAUUGCCCACUGGAAACGUCCACCAAUUCCAAGGGCGGAGCGUUUGAAGCGCAUGAAUGAGCCAGAUCCAGUGCCCACCCCAGAGCAACAGGCCGAAAUGAAGGAAGCGCGUGGUGCCAUUGUGUCCCUGUGCAACAUUCUUAUGAAUUUCACUGUGCUGGAGCCCAAGCGAGCUGAGGAUUCUCCUCUGUUUGCCAAUCUUCUCAAAUUUGUUGUGGAAAACCUUCCCGAAUUGAAGGACACUCCCGAUAACCUGGUGAUUCAUGGCAAUCUGGCUGUGCUGGGUCUUCUUCUUCUCAAACAGCAAUCGAAGAAGGUUAAGCAAAAUGAUUUCUCCAUUUGCCGUUACAUUCAGGCCACCAUCCGUUUCCUCUGGGAUGCCUACAACAUUGAUGAGAGCAACGAUCCCACCGCUUUGGUGGUGUCCAUUGCCUACAAGGGCUAUUGGUCCGACUUGUCUGAGCUGUGGUUCCUUGGCAUGCAGACAAUGUGCGGCGUCCUCCCCCUAGUACCUUGGCUCUCGGAAUUCGCCCUGGAGUCUGGCUGGGCUGAGGGCAUUGUGAAGACCCUUAAAAAAGUGAAAAUCGGUACUUUGCCACCCAAUGUAAAGUCUGCGUACGAGGAUUUCCUCUCUCAACUGGUCGAUGUCAAUGCCGAUGUGGUGGCUGUUCUUAAGAAAGCCGAUGCUUUGCGUGUUUGCCGCAACCACAGAAUGAUGGAUCUGGGCAAGAAGCUUUUCGGUGACUAAAUAUUAAAUAAACAAUAAACCAAAACUCAAUAUACAAAUAUAAAUUAA